UUCGAAGUUACUGCGGAUGAAGCAUUAAGUAACGUAGAAUAUCACAAACAACCAAUGCAAAUGCGGCUGCGCCUGAAUACGACAAGCGGCCUCGAAGCGCUGCUCGCGCACGAACUCUUCAGUCUUUUUGCUUCCCAUUUUGUACCGUACAGUACGUCCACCGAAGUACUGACGUUUCGCUGUGCCAUCGCAUGGCCGACGUGUGCAUUCCGAGGUUCACUUUCGCGUGGUACCCGCUGUGUCACAAGUAUCGUUUUUAAAACGUAACACUUGUGGCAAACAUCAACAUACUGAUCUCAAAAGAAAAAUUCCUAGAUCCGGCUUUCACAUCGACGUGGACCACCUUUCCAGGCUUCGUCCCGUUGGUGAUAAACGAUUAAUUUAGUAGCAACUCGUAAGCCGCGACCACGCGACACAACGCGCAGCAAUGUCCAAUGAGGAGACUUCCGCCGACCGCAAUGUCGAAAUCUGGAAAAUCAAGAAACUUAUAAAAAGUCUCGAAAUGGCUAGAGGGAAUGGGACUAGUAUGAUUUCAUUAAUUAUCCCUCCAAAAGAUCAAAUAUCAAGAGUAAGCAAAAUGUUAGCAGACGAGUUUGGAACAGCAUCAAAUAUUAAAUCUCGUGUAAAUAGACUAUCUGUUUUGGGUGCAAUCACAUCUGUACAACAUAGGUUAAAGUUGUAUACUAAAGUGCCUCCAAAUGGCCUGGUAAUAUAUUGUGGUACCAUUGUAACAGAGGAAGGGAAAGAAAAGAAGGUUAACAUUGAUUUUGAACCUUUUAAGCCUAUUAAUACUUCUCUUUAUCUAUGUGAUAAUAAGUUUCAUACUGAAGCACUUACAGCAUUACUUGCUGAUGAUAACAAAUUUGGUUUUAUUGUCAUGGAUGGUAAUGGAGCAUUAUUUGGUACACUGCAAGGAAAUACGCGCGAAGUUCUACAUAAAUUUACUGUAGAUCUUCCAAAGAAGCAUGGUAGAGGAGGACAGUCAGCUCUUCGUUUUGCUCGAUUGCGGAUGGAAAAACGACAUAAUUAUGUUCGAAAAGUUGCAGAAGUAGCUACCCAACUGUACAUUACUAAUGACAAACCUAAUAUUGCUGGUUUAAUUUUAGCGGGUAGUGCUGACUUUAAAACAGAACUUAGUCAAUCAGAUAUGUUUGAUCCAAGAUUACAAGCAAAAGUUAUAAAGUUAGUAGAUGUUUCAUAUGGUGGAGAAAAUGGUUUUAAUCAAGCUAUUGAGCUAGCUGCUGAAUCUUUGCAAAAUGUAAAGUUUAUUCAAGAGAAAAAAUUAAUUGGUCGUUACUUCGACGAAAUUUCACAAGAUACAGGAAAAUACUGUUUUGGAGUAGAAGAUACAUUAAGAGCAUUAGAGUUAGGCAGUGUAGAAACUCUCAUUUGUUGGGAGAAUUUAGAUAUUCAGCGAUAUGUUUUAAAAAACCAUACAAAUGCAGAAGAAAAGGUUUUACACCUAACACCAGAACAAGAAAAAGACAAAACUCAUUUUACAGACAAAGAGAGUGGGGUGGAAUUGGAACUUGUAGAAUGUCAGCCUUUACUUGAAUGGCUAGCAAAUAACUACAAGAGUUUUGGAGCCACUUUGGAAAUUAUUACAGACAAAUCUCAAGAAGGGUCUCAGUUUGUAAGAGGUUUUGGCGGAAUUGGAGGUAUAUUGCGGUACAAAGUGGACUUUCAGAGUAUGCAGUUGGAAGAUGUUGAAGUUGAUACUUUUGAUCUGGAUGACUAUUAAAUCCGUGACUCAACAGACAAUUCUUUUAGCUUCAGAGGAAAACAUAAAUAUAUGUUCUCCCUUGCAUCAUAUUUCAAGAGAGGCACAUAGAAGGACAUGUUUAUAAAAUUUAUUAUAUGAUGCAACACACACAUCAUGAAAUUAUUCAUUAGAAUUCAUUCAAGCAAUUCACAAUCAAUACACAAACGUGAAAAGCACAACACGUGGCGCGCCGAUAAUCCAUGUCCAUGAAGAAAAAAAGGCAACUCGAAGACUGUGACACUUAAUUAAGUCAGCUUGAUACCUGCCUAUCUCACACAACAUUACCUUAUAUUACAGUUACAUUCUUUAAUUAUUCACAUGGAUUUAUUUAAAUAAUUACACGCGUUACAGUGCUAAAUAUGUUUGUACAGUACACGGUCGGAGACAUUAUAAUUUUGUAUCAAAUUGAUGUUUGUCAUCUCGUCAUGAAUUUUAUGAUUGCAAAGAGAAACGGAAAAGAUACUCGAAUAGCAUGAGAACGAAUGUAGUGUUAUUUUUGUUCAGAUACAAUGAUGGAUAAGCUGUGUAAUAAACUGAUUAUCAUAAACAUGAAGUUGCGUAUCGUGUAUUUUAUACCGAUUACUAAAUUCAUAUGAAUAAUGAAGAGUUCUGUACAUAGACUUAAAUUUUUAAUGGCACUGUUGCCUUAGACAUAAGUUAAGACCGCGUAAUGUCCCAGGAAAAUAAAAUCUUUCCGUCUCAUCGAGUGAUACACACAUAAACAUAUAAGAGAUAAUUUUUCGUAUCUACAUUAACUUUGCUGGCUCUCGACUCUUAUAUUUUGUACACUCACAAAUUGUAUAUAACAAAUGCUCCGCAAGUGUAUCGAGAUAUAUCUUUUCGAUUGUUACAACGGUGCACUCCAUUAGUAAAGAAAUAUCUUCUGCAAUAUUUAAGUGGCAGUUAUUGAAAAUAUUACAAAAUUUAUUUUAACAUUGUUAAUUUAAAUUGCUUAUUCAUAUGAUGCCUUUGUAAUAAACAAUAAUAUGUAUGUAUAAAUGUGAGAAGAAUGAA